CAACAACAAGAAAUUGAUCAAUUCAUUUACAAAAUGUAAUUGCAAUGAGGCAUGCGCGCGCAUCGUCUCCCACACAUACACAGCGGGCUCUUCAAUUUGUCUCUCAUCCUUCCCUUUAAAAAGAAUCGCUAACUCACGUUCGGGAAGUUCAACUUGCAUACCCCUGUAACGGACCGCCAACGACUGUUCCAGAUUGAUGGUGGCUGAUUGGUGCUGAUGUCAAUAUGGAUUGGAACAAUCAGAACAUCAAUGACAGUAAGCACCUAUUUCUCGAUUUCUGGAUCUGUACUAACGCAGUUGUUGCCAAUCAUCCAGUGCUGUGUCAGUAUCACCAAGUUGAAGCAAAACCUUAGAGAUCCCGACGUCUGACAGCAAAAAUGAAGAAUGGCAAAGACGAGGAGGAUUUUUGGAUGCCCACCACCACUGAGCUUAGUGUUAAUGAUGUGAUUAACGGGACGUCAAGAAUCGACUGGGACAAUUGGGAUCUAUUGUUGUGGACGCCGGAACAACGCACACUUCUGGAGCAGGGCGUUAUACCAAGAGAAGUUCAUGUUGCUUUUGGCGUCCUUCUCAGUCUUAUUGUCAUCUUCGGCUUCACCGCCAAUUCAACAAUUCUUUACAUCUUCUCAAGAUUCAAACGCUUGAGGACCCCGGCUAACGUGUUCAUCAUUAACCUGACCAUUUGCGAUUUUCUCGCUUGUUGCUUGCAUCCGUUGGCCGUCUACUCAGCUUUUCGGGGCCGUUGGUCCUUUGGUCAAUCAGGUUGCAACUUGUACGGUAUGGGCGUGGCCUUCUUCGGACUCAACAGCAUCGUCACCCUAUCCGCCAUCGCGUGUGAACGUUACAUCGUCAUCACUUCGAGCAGCUGCCGCCCGGUCGUUGGCAAGUGGCGCAUUACACGCCGACAAGCGCAAAGGGCUUGUGCUGCUAUCUGGCUGCAUUGCGCAGCUCUCGUUUCUCCACCUUUGCUGUUUGGAUGGUCAUCCUACCUGCCGGAAGGAGUGUUGGUGACCUGCUCUUGGGAUUACUCAUCGAGGACGCUGUCCAACCGACUCUAUUAUUUUUACCUCCUAUUUUUCGGAUUCUUCCUGCCCGUCUCCGUGUUAACCUUCUGCUAUGCGGCUAUUUUUCGAUUUAUUUUACGCUCGUCCAGGGAGAUCACUCGAUUGGUUACGACCAGCGAUGGUACGACAUCAUUCAGCAAAUCGACAGUAUCGUUCCGUAAAAGACGGAGGCAAACGGAUGUCAGAGCUGCGCUCAUCAUUUUAUCGCUGGCGAUCCUCUGCUUCACUGCCUGGACGCCCUACACCAUUGUUAGCCUGAUUGGCCAGUUUGCGCCAGUCGGUGAAGACGGCCAGUUGAAGCUGUCACCUAUGGUGACUUCGAUUCCGGCAUUCCUUGCCAAGACUGCCAUCGUCUUCGAUCCGCUCGUGUACGGAUUUUCCAGCCCGCAGUUCAGAUUUUCCGUACGGCAGAUCCUGCGCCAACAAAGUUUCUCUAGCAGCGCCAACGGUCUCCGUGCCGGACCGAACAACAUGAUGAUGGCUGGCACGAGGACAGCGAUCCAGAAUUCCAGGUCGUCUCGUGUCAGUUCACAGUUGGUAUUUUCAUCUUGCAGCCGAAGCGUCAGAAUGAGUCCGAAAGAACCGAGUUAUCGUCAAUCUUCAAACAAUCCUUCUGUUUUAACGACGAUUCAACAAUGUCCACAAGUUCGUCUUUCAAUCGAGCCCGACAGCCAUCAACAACUUACCAGAGGUGGUUUGAGAAAAUCCUGCAUCAAGCGGAACAACAGCUUCCAGUGUUCAAACAGAAAGAGCAUUCGGCUGAGGGAAGACAAAAACAGUCAGAUGGUGCUGGAAGAGGCACCUGAAAAUUCGUUUUCGCUGCCAUUGGGAAUCGUUCACAAUGAAAAAGAAUUUCGUGCAUGUGGUCAACAUGAAAUUCCCAGUAAAAAUCAAGUACGAGAUGCUAAGCCGAAACCGGAGAAACAGAGGCGUUCCUCCGAGGCGGAUCUGAUGCGAUGCCACAAGACAUGGACUGACGCUCCUCGAAUUCUACCUGUAAGCACUUCAUUUGAUCGGUAAUUAAGAGUAGCCCUGAUCAGAUUUGUUCUUAACGCACCAUAUUUAUGCAGUGUUUCUCUUUAAUCAUCAUCAAUCACAAUAACGUAUUCGGUACAGAAAGUAGCCAAUAAAUGUAGGAUCGUUCUUUUUCAUUUAGGAAGGUAGGGAUGUCAGGGUUUGCGCCAGGUUGCAUCAGAAAAGAAAUGCGACUGUUUCCGCAGCAGUGAGCGAACGAAUUUUUAAAAUCAGGAAUGUAUCCCGCGCAUGAUCUAGGAAGAAUCCCGUAUAGCGUUUAUCUCCGUUGCCUCGUUUCUCGUUGUCUAGAAAUAAUUGUUGAAAAUCACCUUCCCUGUAGAGGGUUCUAUUUUUAUGUAUGCACGUGAAGCUAGAAAAAUUUAAAAAGAAAUCUGCAAAGAAAAUGCAGAAGGGAACUCAACUUAUGAAAAAAAAAAAAAGAAAAUCCUAUUACAUAUUUUUUUCAUUAAUAUUUGAAGACUUUGACAGCUGGAAACCACGGUUAUUCGAGUACAACCGUGCCCUUUCAAAAGUCUGCGAACUCGUCGACGCAGUGCAGCAUUUUAUUGAAGAUUGUGGAAGGCUUCAUUCAAAUGAUGAACAUUAAAAAAAAACAUUACGGACCGUGCUAGUGGUGGGGUACUAAAUUCAAAGAGGUUACGUGGAAUACCUUGAGUUUUCUGUUGCUCAUUAACGUACGUCAUAGCAGUGAGAGAUUCUUCAUCUAACAGAACAUGUCAACUUAUUUUGGAAACAAAUCACCGCGAAAUGUCUUUUUCAGUGAAUGUAGAAAUUACUUAAACCAAAAAUAGACUUGUUUUCAGUAUGUGUCAUCGAGGGAUCAUUAGUCAGGGACCAGUAUGCGCGGGAUUUCGCAGGCCUCCUUGAAUGGAGUUUUCUCAGCC